AUGUCUGACGACAAGUCAAAAAUUGAGGCGCUGCACAAUGAGGACGUAACAAUCUCAAUGCAACCUCCUGAGGACGAAAGACCAUGGUAUCAGCAACCUGAGCUACGAAAGCUCUACUUGUUGAUGCCGUUCCUGUUCCUUGGCUCAACGACACUGGGCUACGAUGGCAGUCUUCUCAAUGGACUGCAGACGAUGCCCGCGUGGCAAGCGUCCUUUCCCGGCUUUGGUGGAUUUGCAGUCCUACUCUUCACACCAUAUGUAGCAGAUCUUCUAGGUCGACGUCUCGGAACCGGCAUUGGCUGCGCAAUCGUCAUCUUGGGUGCUCUCAUCCAGGCUUUUCCCAAGAAGAACAACCCUGAUGCCAUGUUCCUCGCUGGUCGUUUCAUUAUGGGAAUGGGCAGCAACAUCUCUAACGCUACUUGCCCAUUGCUCAUCACUGAAGUGUCCCAUCCGAGACAUCGCGGAAGAAUCACGACCAUCUACAACACUGUAUGGUAUGUUGGCGCUAUUUUGGCAGCAUGGACAACAUUCGGUACCCUGAACGGUCUCACGGGCGACAUCUCCUGGCGCCUACCGGUCGGUCUCCAAUGUGCCAUGCCAGGCGUUCAGCUGCUCUUCCUAUACUUCAUUCCAGAGUCACCAAGAUGGUUGAUCUCUAAGAAUAAGUACUCGGACGCGAAGAAGAUUCUCACCAAGUACCACGGCAACGGCGAAGAGACUGACUUCGUCAAUUGGGAAUUCACUGAGAUCACCCAGGCAUUGGAGCUCGAGAAUGCUGCGAGUUCCAACAGUGGAUGGUACGAGUUGGUGCGCACUCCCGGAAACAGGAAGAGGUGUCUUCUCAUUAUCCUCACUGCAAUCUUUUCCCAAUGCUCGGGCAACGGAUUGGUCAGCUACUACCUGUCUGCAGUAUUAAGCACCAUCGGCAUCACAAACCCUUCCAACCAGGCCGCCAUCAACGGAGGUCUCACCAUUUGGUGCUGGCUCGUUUCGCUCGGCUGUGCAUUCCUCGUUGACCGUGUCGGACGCCGACCUCUAUUCCUUGGAGCUGGUAUUGGAAUGUUGAUUGCUUUCUCGAUCUGGACAGCAUGCAGUGCCGUUUAUGCAAAGACUGAGAAUUCAUCCGCUGGAUCAGCUGUGUUGGCCAUGAUCUUCUUGUUCUAUGGAGCCGCUGGUCUAGCAUGGCCCGGUCUCACCGUAGCCUACACCGUCGAGAUUCUCCCAUUCAAGAUUAGAGCCAAGGGUCUUACCCUCUGCUUCGUCUUCACCUCUCUCUCCGGUAUCUUCAACCAAUACGUAAACCCCGUGGGUCUGGAAGCAUUGAAGUGGAAGUUCUACAUCGUCUACAUCGUCGUUUUGGUCUUGGAAUGCUUGGCCAUCUACUUCUUAUAUGUUGAGACAAAGGGACCAACUCUUGAAGAGAUCGCUGUUCUUUUCGAUGGUGAGGACGCGGCUGUUCCUGACGCGGCUGUCGAGACGGUGGCUCGACGACAAUCGGCAAGCAAGGUUUAA